ACGUUCGACGCGCAACGUGCAUGAGCUUGUCGCUGGAACAGGAAAACACGCAAAAACAAGUAAAAAUAAAUAAAUACAAAGAGCAAAACAAUCAGAGAAUAUAUCUGAUAAAUCAACGAUUUGCUAAGAAGAACAGGUUGUUCACUUAGGUACUGUCAUUAUCUGAUCGGACGAACAGCGGUUUUCGGAAGAUGUCUUUAGUUUGUGCAAUCUGUAACGAGGUCCCGGAGAGGCCCUGCGUCUCGCCCGUCUCCAACCAGGUGUUCGAGCGGCGGCUCAUUGAGAAGUACAUCGCCGAGAACGGGGCCGACCCCAUCAACGGCCAGCCCCUGUCCGAGGAGCAGCUCAUUGACAUCAAGGUCUCGCACCCGGUGCGGCCCAAGGCUCCCUCUGCCACCAGCAUCCCUGCCAUCCUCAAGGCCCUGCAGGACGAAUGGGAUGCAGUGAUGCUACACAGCUUCACUCUGAGGCAGCAGCUGCAGACGACCCGGCAGGAGCUCUCCCACGCCCUGUACCAGCACGAUGCCGCCUGCCGAGUCAUCGCCCGCCUCACCAAGGAGGUCACCGCUGCCCGAGAGGCUCUGGCCACCCUGAAGCCUCAGGCCGGAUUGGUCGUCCCCCAGGCUGUUCCCGCCUCUCAGCCACCAGCUGCGGCUGGUGGAGGUGAGCCAAUGGAGGUCAGUGAGCAGGUGGGAAUGACCCCAGAGAUCAUCCAGAAGCUGCAAGACAAGGCGACAGUCCUGACCACCGAGAGGAAGAAGAGGGGGAAGACUGUGCCGGAGGAGCUGGUGCGAGCCGAGGACCUCAGCAAGUACCGCCAAGUGGCGUCCCAUGCGGGUCUCCACAGUGCCAGUGUUCCUGGCAUCCUCGCUCUGGACCUGUGCCCCACAGACACCAACAAAGUGCUCACUGGCGGGGCGGAUAAGAACGUGGUGGUGUUUGAUAAGAGAGAGGAGCAGAUAGUGGCCACUCUGAAAGGACACACCAAAAAGGUCACCUCUGUCAUCUACCACCCGUCGCAGUCGGUGGUGUUCUCCGCCUCUCCUGACAGCACCAUCCGGGUGUGGUCCGUUUCCGGGGGCAACUGUGUGCAGGUGGUCCGAGCCCACGAGGCGGGCGUGACUGGGCUGUCCCUCCACGCCACCGGAGACUAUCUGCUGAGCUCCUCCGAGGACCAGUACUGGGCCUUCUCUGAUAUCCAGACCGGCCGUGUCCUCACCAAGGUUACAGAUGAGACUGCAGGCUGUGCUCUGACCUGUGCACAGUUCCAUCCUGACGGCCUGAUUUUCGGGACGGGCACCGCAGACUCGCAGAUUAAGAUUUGGGACCUGAAGGAGCGCACCAAUGUGGCCAACUUCCCCGGACACUCCGGCCCUGUCACUGCCAUCGCCUUCUCUGAGAACGGUUACUACCUGGCCACAGGUGCACAGGACUGCUCUCUGAAGCUGUGGGAUCUGAGAAAACUGAAGAACUUCAAGACCAUCACCCUGGACAGCAGCUAUGAAGUGAAGUCUCUGGUAUUCGAUCAGAGCGGGACGUACCUGGCGGUCGGGGGCUCGGACAUCAGGGUGUACAUCUGCAAGCAGUGGUCUGAGGUCCUCAACUUCACAGAGCACUCUGGGCUCGUGACGGGCGUGGCCUUUGGAGAGCACGCUCAGUUCCUCACUUCCACCGGAAUGGACCGAAGCCUCAAGUUCUACAGCCUGUAGAAUGCAUGAUGGGAAGGGGGGCGGAGCAAGAAGCUGUUCCCGUAGAGCAGAAGCUGUGAUUGGCUGGCAUUGUGUAAUGAUGAUGAGUAACCUGCGAGGGUAGCUACCCUGUCACAGAAAGGGAACUGCAGUCAAACUGACCUGUUGGACAACACAGAGGCAUUGUAGAAUUCAAACACAGAUACACACAGGCAAACAGAGACAUGCAGACACAUAUAGGUUACACACACACACACA